AUGUCGAGCAACGAUGUCCUCUCAAGCUCACCCUCAUCGAUACACACGAAUUCUUCGAUACGAAGAAGAGGAAGUACAAGCACCCAUGAAGCUAAUGACCUGACUCGACCUCGGCUUUCGCCAACAUUGCCUCGUCCAUUCGAUCCAAAUGACACAGACGCAAGAGAACGGCAACGGGCAAUGGAUGUGGAAAUGGCAAAGGCCAUGCAACUUUCUAGGGUUCUUAGAGGAACCGUCCAAAUGUCUCCAACCACUUUAGACCUUCAUUCCCAUCCACACCAAGAAGAAGCGGUGUUUUCUCCUAGCGAGCAGCACGAUAUCGACAUUGCUAGAGGCGCAGAAGCUAUUGAAGACCUAGAUACGGGCUCUAUACUCACCAAAAGACCCUCUACGUCUUCUCUCGACCUCAGGAAACAUCAUCUUAACCAGACUCAGGAUCCGUCCUUAUUGGCCGGUAUGGGGCCUGCUGUAUCACAGGCCACCCCAGAUAUCGUCGACUACCGUUCCUCAUCGAACUUCGGUCAAUUACCCACCUAUCAGCCUAAUCCUCCCCAAUCGCACUUUGACUUCGCAUCCAUGGAAGAAUUUGCAGCUGCCGAAAAAGCAUCGCUAGGAAUAACUUCAACGCCCUCCACAAAAUUCGUCAUUCCUCCUCCAACUCGUUCACGACAUACGCAUUCACCAGACUUCUUUAUUAGAGAUGAGAACAGAGCACAGGCUGAUGCCCUGCAGUCGACGUCGGAGGGCAAUGUUAACGAAGAUAUUGCUACCCAGGCGGCGGGACCCUCCAGCUCUAACCCCGACCUUUCCGAAACUGCCGCUAGCACGCCUCGCUCUGCCAGACAGCGCAAGCUCAGUCAGAGCAACACUCCACGUGUACAAAGAAAAGGGAUUGGAGGCAGACUUGCUAGGUUUGAAGGUAACGCAGGUCUCCCUCCGGCCUCCCUUUCUGGUCGGCUGGGAUUGGUCCUUGGAGGGAACAUUGGCGGUGCCAACGGUGGUGAUAACAUACCGACUUCUCAAAGUGGCCCUACUGGAGUGAGCGGUAUUCUCAACACUGGCCAUGACCGACCGUACAGGUUUUCGUUUUACUCAAACGCUUUAUCUGCAACGAUACAUGCUAGGAGCUUGAGUGAACUUCCUGCUGAGGGGCAAUCAUUCUAUGAUCUAUUCACUGGGAUCAACUCUCAAGCGGACAGAGAUGCUUUGGGGACUGAUCCUACUCACGAUCCUCGCUGGAAGACCGGCACAGUUAAGCCCAGUGGUGGUGCUUCUGGGUUCCUAGGUGGGAAAUCGGCCAAGUCAGGAUAUCGGCCCUCUAUGACCGGACGGAUGGAUUCGACUGACAGCGACAGCAAUACUUGGUGGAUGGAUAUACAGUGUCCUACUGAUGAAGAGAUGAAGCUCCUGAGUAGGGUCUUUAAACUGCAUCCGCUGACGACAGAGGACAUUCAAAUGGAGGAGGCACGAGAAAAAAUAGAAUUAUUCAGAAAUUAUUAUUUGGUUUGUUUUCGAAGCUUCGAUCAGGACCCAUACAGUCCAACCUAUCUGGAACCGUUAAAUAUGUACAUCGUUGUCUUCCGGGAAGGUACACUCUCAUUUCAUUUUCAUCCAACGCCACAUCCCUCUAAUGUCCGGAGACGUAUUAAGCAACUAAAGGACUACAUCUCCGUCACUUCCGAUUGGAUUUCAUAUGCCCUCAUCGACGACAUAACUGAUGCGUUCGGACCGCUCAUUCAAAGCAUUGAAUAUGAAGUCGAUAGUAUAGACGAAUUAGUGCUGAUUCUAAAGGACAAUUUGAAGGAAACGAGGGAACAGACGGAUAUGUUGAGGCGAAUUGGAACGUGCCGUAAAAAGGUUAUGGGUUUGUUGAGACUGAUGGGAAACAAGGCAGAUGUCGUGAAGGGGCUGGCCAAGAGGUGCAAUGAGAAUUGGCAAGUUGCCCCUACAGGAGACAUAGGGCUGUAUCUCUCUGAUAUCCAGGACCAUCUCAUAACAAUGACGCAAAAUUUGAACCACUACGAGAAGAUUCUUUCCCGGUCGCAUUCAAAUUAUCUCGCACAAAUCUCCAUCGAAAUGACCGAUGCAAACAAUCAGAUCAACGAUGUUCUGUCCAAACUCACUGCCCUCGGUACCGUUCUUAUACCUAUGAAUCUCAUUACAGGUUUAUGGGGGAUGAACGUCCAUGUACCGGGAGAAGACGAUAAGCAGUCGUAUACAUGGUUUGUUGCCAUCAUCGCCGCCCUUGCUACGUUUGCGAUAAUUGGAGGAUAUUCAACGUAUAAAUUAAUGAAGAGAUAG